AUGGUUCAACUACAUACGCGCAGUAUUUUAGGCUUUGUCUGCCUCAGCCUACCAAUACUUGCACUAGCAGUUUCUUCUCCUCCACCAGAAGCAUCACCAGCAGCAGACGCAGACCUGAUAUGUUCAAGUACGGAUCCAACAGACUGUUAUUCCAAAACCUUCGAGCCCACGGAAGACUUCCAAAUCAUAAAAGAAGGACAGAACAUACCUCCUGGGCUCCAUGUACGGAUGAACAUCUGGUCAGGGGAGAAAGAAGCACGACUGAACAUACCAAUGGAAGGCGAACAAGGAGCAGUAGAUGGCGUACUUGAAAUCCCAACCGACCAACUCCCCACCGAACAAUCCGUCAUCGUAGUCCCCCAACCCGAAGACUCGGACUCCGAAUCCCAACCCAUCCCCCCAAAAGACGCCCCCAUCUACGACACCGCCGGCAAAAUCCCCCCACCAACCCCCCAAUCUGGCGACGAAAUAACCACCUUCCAAAAGGCCAUGAUAACCAUCCAAAUGGAAGCCCGAGCCUUCGACUCCGCCCUCGACGACCUCCGCGACCUCUCCCACGACAUCUACUACGGCCUCGAGAUCGCCAAAGACGGCCCCGUCCUCGAGAAACUCAUCUGCCUCACCCUCGGCUACGGAACCGAGAAGAUACCCGCGCGAGAGAACGGCCGCGACCACAAGGCAGCUAAUAUUCUCGCCUCGUCUAUACAGAAUAACCCCACGGCGCUCAAGGAGGUCAGCGAGUUCUGGAAGAUGGUCAUGUACCCGUCGUGCGGUGUAGUCGAGCAAAUGAAGAGCGGGAACGGAGCUGAGAAGGGCAUCCCGAAUUUCGUGUCGAUGCUUCGCGCUAGAUUGGGGAGGGAGAAGGAUGCUGGGGCGUUGAAGGCGAAGGUUGGUGCUAUUAGUGGACUUUUGAAGGAGCCGCUUAUUAGGGACGAGUUUCUGGAGAAAGGAGGCAUGGAGCUCCUGCUCGCUAUCUUCCUAAAGAAGGGAGAGCAAUUUGAUGGCGUGAGGAUGAAAGUCGCUCAGCUCGUGAACGACAAUUUCUUAGACGAGGGGAUGGGCGCGAAGCUAGGUGUUUGGCCAAAGAUGCCAAGGAGUGAGAAGAAGUUGUGUGAGAGCAAGGCCCGGAUGUUAGAGGAUGGAUGUUGGGAGACACAUGUUGAGGCAUUCAUGGAGAGGGCAGGUGGAGAGGAAGAAUGGGCAGGAGAUUUUGUGAAGAAUCUUGGAGAGCGAAGGAAGAAGUUUGGGAGUUCGAUUAAAGAUAGGGAAUUGUAA